CCCCUAAUGCUAGAAUCUUGGGUUGAAGCCGCCGCUUCUACGGGAGUCGAACCACCGAGGAAAAAGUUGAAACCGAAUACUCCACCGUCGUUUUUGUCGCUUCCAGAUGAAAUAAUUCUACACUGCUUAGCUCGCAUAUCGAGUUCGUACUACCCUAAACUAUCCCUAGUCUCCAAGACCUUUCGCUCUCUCAUCAUAUCCACUGAGCUCAGCUACGCACGGUUUCACCACAAAACAGGAGAACCGCACUUUUCUAUAUGUUUACAGCUUCCCGACUGUCCUCGUCCCUCGUGGUUCACCCUCUGGGUACAGCCUGAUCAAAUCGAGAAGAAGAAGAAGAAGAAUAAGAAAAAGAAGAAGAAAGUUAGAUUGGUGCAAGUGCCGUCGUCUUCCUAUGCUCCUCGAGAACCAGGGUUCAUUCGCUCGGUUGGUUCAGAUUGCUACGCGUUCAGACAAACUUACCCUCCGUCCCAAGUCAUGUUAGUCGGCAACAGUGAGAAGUUUUUAUGGGAUAACGCCCCCCGUAUGACUGUAGCUCGAGUGAAUCCAUCUGCGUGCGUACUCGACGGGAAGAUAUACGUGUUGGGAGGUUGCGACAAGGAGGCCGCCGCUGCGAAAGGCUCCUGGGGUGAGGUUUUCGAUACAAAGACUCGAACGUGGGAGCCUUUACCUGACCCUGGAGACCAGCUUCGGUUCUCUCUAGUGAUUAGAAAAACGGAGAUUAUCGGAGGGAAGCUUUACGUCACGAGUAACGAGAAGGAAUGGGACUCUGUCUAUGAUCCGGUAACGCGUAAGUGGGACGCUAUAGGAAAGCUGCUCGAGUGUUACAGUGAGUGUAAGGUAGGUAAUUUAUUUUACUCUUGUGGUAGGGAAAGCUGCAUGUGGUACGACAAAGAGUGCGACUACUGGAAAUAUGUCAAGGGGUUGUCGUCACUCGAUAGGACUUGUCGUCGUGGUUUGAUUCAAACGGUUCAAUACUGUGGGAAACUUUUAAUCUUGUGGGACAAGCUUGCGAACCGUCGUAGUAACUGUGAAGAAAAGAUUAUUUGUUGUGCUUUGGUGGCGCUUGAGAAGCGCCAAGAUGGUCAUGUUUGGGGAAAGGUUGAGUGGUCUAAUGAAGCGCUUACUGUUUCCAGUUCAUACCUUUUCUUGCGUUCUUGCAUUGUACGCAAAUGAUCUAUUUUUUAUACUAUCGAGAAAGGCUUUUUGACUUUUUUUUUGUGUUUAGACAUUGGUUAUAUAAAAUUAUUG